AUAAACAUGCUAUUAAACCAACUAAUAUUAUUAUUUCGAAUUUUAUUUUAAUAUAUAAUUUAAUAAAAUAUUUAUGAAUAAAUUAAUAUAUAGAUAUUCAAUUUUUUUACCAAUCUUUAGUUACCAUUAUUAUAUGUAAUAGGAAACUUUUACCUCUUUUUCCUUUUUAUUUGAAAAUCAAAACUCAGUCAAACUGUGGUUUUUAGUUUUUACUACUAUUGCUACUCAGUAAUUUUCCUUAUUUGCUUUCGAAGUUCUGUUGAUAAAAGGAAAACUCAGUGCUAUGUGUCAGUAAACAGAUAACUUACCGGUGAAAUGUAGCGUUAUUAGACUCUUUUUAAACCGUUGAAAAUUUCACUCAACAUUUAAAUAAACUGUUAAUUGUUAUUGGGAAAAAGCUAGCAAUAGUAAUGAAGGAUGAAACAAUUAAUGAAGUCUAAAGAUCUUGGUAUUAAGAAUAUUAAUUCGACAUUCAACGCAUACUACUUAUAUACGAAUGUGGUUCGUUUAAGCAAUCAGCAUAGAUCCUAUCAGAUUUAUAUUCGGAUUACUGCAACUGUUCUAUUAGGCUAAACAUUGCUCAUCUGUUGACCAAAUAUUUUACCACAAGGAUUUUAGCUCAUUGAACCCGGUUUACUACUGAUAUGUUCAAACCAAAAUCUGAAGGCAUCGUCAAAUCAGUUAAUAAACUAACAGUGCAUGUUUUGUUGAUUUGUUCCAUUAUGAGAUGUAAAAUUUUGGUCAAAACUCAAAGCUAUAAGCCUAAAAUGAACAAUGCAAAGGAGAUAACAAGUACUAUAUAAUAAAAUGAACAAAAUAAAAUGAAAUGAAAGAAAUGAGAGGAAAGAUUGAAGUGACACAUUGAAAGAAAGACUAGUUUCUGAGCCUCUCCUCUGAUAUGUAUCCUCCUAUUCUGUCUUCCCCACUGUCUUGUUCCUUUCACAUUCCUCUCAGUUUACCAUUAUACCCCUUAUUUACAUCCCUCUCUCUUUCUCUAACCAUAAAUGCUUCUUCUUCUACUUGUCUCUGUGUUUCUUAUCAUAGACUCUUGUUAUUUUCCUAGACCCAGCCUCUCUCUUUUGAUUUCAAAGUCUUCAAACUUUCUCUAGACUCACAUGAAAGUUUCUACUGUAUGGUGAUAACUCCCGACUUCCAAAACCAGCAUGUUCACUACUUACAAUCCCACCCUUCUUCUCCUUCUCCUUGUUUUCAUCUCUCCACAAGUCUCAUCCUCUCUUCAACCUGUCCAGCUUCCAAGUUCUUCUCAAGUAGCUUUAGUAGAAGUUAAAGCGAGGCUAGGUUCUAGACCACCAAGCUGCCACAACAAAUGCAAUAGCUGCCAUCCUUGCAUGCCCACUCAAGUUCCCACUCUCCCUGGUCGCACCCGAGUUGACCCGUUUGCCGGUGGAUUUGUACGGCCUCCUUCCUCACUAACCACCGUUCUUGGUCAAUAUUCUAACUACAAACCCAUGGACUGGAAAUGCCACUGCAAUGGUCAUUUUUAUAACCCUUAAAUCUCCAUCAUCCUCUGGUUUUGUGAUUUUUUUAGUUACUUAAAAUUGAUUUUGAAUUAUUGAGAGUAGAAAUGUCCUUUGGAUUCUUUGUAAAUCUAAGGCUCAGUUUGUAUAUUAUCAAAAGUUCUUGAUAAUUGCAUUUGCAGAGAGAUGUAAUUGCGGCAUUCAUAUCUUUCAACAUUUUUUUGUUUUUUUUUUCAAUUGAAUUUACUAAUAUAAAGUCUGUCUUCUUGAUUC